AUGUCGACCGCGCCAUCCUUAGACCAGUCAGAGACAUCACCAAACCAUUCACGAAACUCUACCUCUUCGUACUUUACGUAUCCCGUUACAUAUGCAGUUUCGAGCGUACUAAGGCGACUUUCUACCGAUCCAGGACCUACCCAAGUGAAUAUAGAUCGCAGUAGCAGCUUGAAAGAUAUGGGUAGUGUUUUUAGUCCUCCUAGACGGCAUGCAUCGCCAUUUCAACCUCCACCUCUUACGCCUUUAACACUUCAAGGGUACAAGUCCGGGACGGCAGACUCCGCCAAACUACUCUCGAAGUCGCUCGCUGAAGAGAUACGCCUCUUAAUGCCACCGAGGCUUCAAUUACAGGAGAACUGGUCACUCGCCUACAGCCUCGAGCAGGAUGGCGUGAGCCUAGCGACACUUUAUAAAAAUUGCGAUCAAUACCGUGGUAGAAGAGGAGGGUACGUGCUCGUCAUACGAGAUGGCGAAGGAGGCGCUUUUGGCGCCUACUUGAGUGAUCCACCACACCCUGCUCCUCAUUACUUCGGCAAUGGUGAAUGCUUUCUGUGGAGGGCACAUACUUUACCAUCUAUCCCAACGCUAGCGAAUCUACCACCUCCACCUAGCGCAGACACGACCAAUGCACAGCGGAUGACUACACUGGCACGUCUCAACCCUCCUACAUCUGGUCGAAGCGGCACAAGUACGCCUGAGCGAAUACGUUUCAAGGCAUUUCCCUAUAGCGGUAUCAAUGAUUAUAUGAUAUUCUGUGAGCAAGAUUACUUAAGCGUUGGAGGCGGUGAUGGUCAUUACGGGCUUUGGUUGAACGACAACUUGGAGCAAGGAAUUUCAGAUUCGUGCCCUACAUUUGGCAAUGAGCGAUUGAGCGACGAAGGUUCAAAAUUUGACGUGCUAGGUGUCGAGCUAUGGUUUAUUGGCUAG